GGCUUUAGUCAGCGGCUGAGAGAACGGCGGGAGUUGUUGCUUGACAACCCGCCGGCUGCUUGGGCCUGUAGGCAGAGCCGUGGUAGGUUUGCUAGUGUAGGGAUAGCAGCCGUCCCAGAAAGCCCCCACCUCGCCCCCGCCCCUAGCGGUGGACGGCAGCGCCUCGUCCCCAGCCCCACCGGUUGCCUUUCUGGAGUGGGCUGGAAAAUGCGCGCUUGUGCAUAAGGAUAAAGCCGAUCUGUUUUCAAAGGAAUGGGCUCGCAUCGCGAGGAGUUGCUGCCCCCCUGGGCCACGAAUUUAAAAAAGAUGACUGACAACCUAGACCAAUUCAUUGAAGAUCAAAAGGCGAAACUGGCACAAGACAAAGCAAAACUUGAAAAUGACCCUCCUUACAUGGAAAUGCGAAGCAGAAGUGCAGAAAAGCUUACAGAAACCAACAGAAUGUUAAUAUCCAUGGCUAAAGAAAACAUUCCACCAAACAAUCAAGAGACUGAUGUACUCGAAUAUGGCCUAAGCUUGCCUCUGGGGGAAGAAUAUGAGCGUAAAAAACACAAGCUGAAGGAGGAGCUUCGACAAGACUACAGACGUUACCUUUCUCAGGAUAUUUCACAGGCAAAAAAGAAGAAAAAGUAUCUUACAUCUGGUGAAGUUGACCCAUAUACUCAGGGAUUGUCUCUUCCUAUUGGUGACAGGUUGUCUGCUAAGGACAGGUUAAGACUUGAAAGAAAUAAGGAAUACAAUCAGUAUCUCAGGGAACAGGAAGAAUGGAAUGAAAAGUUAAGAAGAGUGGGGAAGAAGUACACAGACUGUCAGACUGAACCUCACAAAAAGGGCAUUGCUUUUUCAAGAAGCCAACCAGAAUUACAUACGCAAAUAUUGUCUCCAAGAAGAGAUGAAGAUACCUUCAGGAAGGAUGCUUGUACUUCUACAGAGGCCUGUGACAGAUUGUCAAAUAGACAGUCAUUAGACGAACAUCACAAACCAGAUAAUGAAUGUGAUCGUGGGGACAGCAUAUUGCGCAAAAAAACUGAUGAAGAACCAAAUAUUUCCAAUAGAAAGCACCAAAGGGUGGACAGUAAACCUGGUAUUUCUGUUAGAGGGUAUCAGAAGUUUGAUGGGGACCAUGAUUCUGAAGUAGAUGAGGAAAUGGAUCCUAGGUUUCGAUAUGAAAGCGACUAUGACAGAAAACCAUUGCGGGUCUUCCAUGCUCAAAGAAAUCAAGCCAGUUCUGCUAAUGAGAGGGCACAGCCUACUAGUCGGGAGGUUCCAUUUGCAACAGGCCUGAUCAUCGGAGGUCAAGACAGAGAACAUCUUCAGAGAAGAAAAGAACAGUAUAGACAAGAACUCAUGGAACAAAUGGCUGCACAACAGAGAAAUAAGCAACGUGAAAAGCAGCUUCAGCUCCCAGUAGCUGCAACUGGUGCUCUAGACCCUGAGAAGAAGCUAAGUGAAGAAAAGCCUGAUAGACUAAGAGAGAUGGGAUUUGCACCACAAAUUUCUGAGGAGAGGUCACCACCAGAAAGACCCAGAGCAGCCUUUCAAACCCCUACACCUGGACCUGUCUCCAUAUCUGCCCCUCCUGCUUUACCAGUAAAUGAAGAUUUUCACAGAGGAUUAUCCAGUGCUCUCGGAGAAAUGCUGGCUCCCCGAAUUGCACCUCUGCCACCGCCACCGCCACCGCCACCAACGCUGACAGCUAAUUAUAGAACACCAUAUGAUGAUGCAUACUAUUUUUAUGGUGCCAGGAAUCCUUUGGAUCCCAGUCUUGCAUACUAUGGCAUGGGUAUGAUGGGGAUCCAGCCUUCAUCUGCACCUGCACCUGUUGUUGAUGCUAGUCAAAAGCCUUUUGCUGGGUCUGUAAGUAGAAGUGGACCAAAACUCACAAAUGAAAAACAAACAGGACUGGGGAUAUUUCCAGAAGAAAAACCAAAAACCUCAAGAGAAGCUACUUUAGCUUAUCAACAAGAAUUGCAGAAGCAGAUAAAGGAAAGAGAAGAACGUCGCAGGAAAGAGAAGGAGGAAAAGGAACAGUAUGAAGCCAAAUUAGAAGCGGAAAUGAGAAAUUAUAAUCCAUGGGGGAAAGAAGGUGGUGGUGCUCCUCUCAGAGACAAAAAAGGAAACCUCAUAACUGACUUGAACGUGAUGCACAAGCAAAAUGAAGAUGCGUAUCAUAACCCAGAGGCACGAGUAUAUGAAGAUAAAAGGGCCGUAGUAUCUGUUGAUCUAAGUUUGGCCUCCCCAAGACUUGAGAAUACAGAUGAAUCUACAAAUAAAAUAGCAGGCUGUAAUUAUACACAAACGUCUCCCUACGCUCGUGGUAAUGUUUUUGGAGAGCAACCAACACCGGAGCAGCUUAGGCGGCAAGAGUCAUACAAGAACUUCCUUCGUUUCCAGAUUGAGGAAAAAAGAAAGAGAGAAGAGGCAGAGCGUGAAAGACGAAGGCUUGAAGAAGAAAGGGAAGAAAAGAUACUUGCUGAACAAAGGGCUAGAAUACAAAGAGAAUAUGAAGAGGAACAAGAGAAGAAGAGACGGAGAGAGGAGGAGCAACGAUUAAAAAAUGAAGAACUAUGCCGAUUAGCUGAAGAAAGAAAAAAGGAGGCUGAAAAAAAGAAGCAAGAAGAAGAAGAGAGACUAGACAAACAACUUAAGCAGUUUGGCGAAAGAGAAAAACAUAUAAGGAUGGAAGGAGAAAAGAGUUUGGACAGACAGUUUUCUCCUCUCAUUCCAAAUAAGGGUUUGGUAAAAGAAGAAAAGGCAUUUUUGGUGGAGAGCCGUAUGUCUUACUAUACACAGGAUGAUCCACAGUCCAGAGUUCCAUCACCUCCAGUACCAGCUAGAAGAAACCAGUUACGUGCCUAUGAAGAAAAGAAGAAUGUAAUAAAUGAGCUGUCAGAGAUGAGGAAACAGCUGCGCAGCGAAGAGCGGAGACUGCAGGAGCAGUUGUUAAAAGUACACGGGGAUGAUGAUGACCUGCCAGUGAAAGGCAGGAGGAAACACAGUAUGGAUAUAUUUGAGAUGGCCAGACUUCGUAUGCAAGCUCCAGUCAGGCGACCUUCAUCAAAGGAUGUUAUUGAUCCUAUCAAUCUUCAAAACAUUCGUGACUUUAAUGAACUUAAAUAUAAAGAUUCGGAAUCCCGAGUAGAAACGAGAUAUAUGUACCCCGAUCCACCUACUAAUGAUAAUGCUCUGGAUAUUCAGCAGCAGGCGUUGCUACGAGAACAGCAAAAGAAACUUAAAAAAAUGAGGAAAAAUGCAGAAGUCCUAGAUUUUGAUGAUCCUGUGCCUGGCUGUAAAUUGAGAGAUAGAGGAAUGAUCAGAGAUGACUCCAAUGAAUUUUUGAAGAACUCACUGUUAGAAUCUGAGAGCGCUUUUAUUGCUACUGAUGGUGAUGCUUUUCCUACUUUAGAUGUUCCUCACUUUUCUGUGACCUUCACUCCCCCCCCACCUUUGUCUGCAAGGGAAAGGAGGCGAGAGAAGAAAAAGGAUCCUUUGCAAUUAUCAAGCCGUGCUGAACAAGUAGAGGACGAUGUGCCUCUUAGGCUGACUCCACCACUCCACCCUGACAACAUCUCUCUGCACUCAGGCUCUAGUCUCAAUAUAGAUCAGCUGAAAGCCAGAAAUGAAGAGCGCUUGCAAAGACUGUGUGAACUACAGAAGAAAGCUAUUCACAUAGGUGAAGAUGUUUCUCUGGGAAAUGCCGAUGACAUCCUGAAGCAGUUGCCAUCCAACGAUGGUAGAAGACCUAACUCAGUUGACACUGUAGCAACUGAGCCGUGGCUGAGACCUGGGACAUCAGAAACCCUUAAAAGAUUUAUGGCUGGACAGUCAGAUCAGGCUAAGCUUUCUUCUGAGAACAACCCCUUCAGUUGGCAAGGUCUGUCAACAGCACAUGGCUGAAUAAAUGUGCAAUGACACCAGUUGUGCCUUUCAAAAGAACUCUUCUCCACUACUGCACUUUUUUCGUUUUUUAAUGUAAUGCUGUGUGUUGGAUCUGUUCUAUCAGAGUACUUUACUUUGGCACAGAGCCUUUGUUAGUAGAAUGGAUCCAAGGGAUUCAGCUCCAUCUACAGAAACUGAGAUGUAAUGAAACUUAUCAAAAGGCCAGCAAGGUGGUAAGUUCUAACAAUUGCUGCAAUCCUGUGUUCUGGUAAACUGAUUUAGUUUUGGAAAUGAAGCCUCCUGUACUAGAUCAGCUUGAAAACUUCAGGUUAAAAUAAGGCACAGAGAAAUCUCCUGGUUGGACAGCACAAAGGCAAGGUUUUCAGGUUGCCCUUUUGUUUGAAAAAAAUACCUCAUGACAAGUCCUAGAACAAGAUUGUGAAUCAUAGUGCUGUUGUAACCUUAAUGGCCUAUGGAGAGUAAAACCUUUCACAUUGCUGUUAUUUAUUUCAAAACCUAACCAAUCAUCUUGCUAAUUACUCUAUCCUUUUUAUUGUGGGUCUGAGUGUGUUAAUACAAACCUCGUAUUAGUAGUAUUGAAUGUAUAACUUAUGCUCAUGAUUUUAAGAUUAAAAAAUAAAAUCUAUUUUAUUACCCAAA